UCCUCCACAGCCACAUCUAAGGACGUGCUUCAUUCACUCCAGCUGCACAGGUUGUAAAGGAAGGGAAGAAAGAGUGAGAGAGUGAGAACCGGAGAGGUAGAGAAGUUAUUAGCAACUGCUGGAGAGAGGAAAGAGGACAGGAGGUGAAAAAGAGAGAUUGUGUUCACUUUAUUGUUUUUCUAAGAGAAGAAGGGAUUCAGGGUGUGAAGGAGUGAGGCUGGAGAGAGAGUGGGGCUACCCAGCAGUGAGAGGUUCCAUUCAGGGAGGUUAUAGUGAUCUUCUGCAGCGACCCCUCCUCUCCCCUGGGAGUCAGACCCCCAGGAUCCAGAGCCAUGGAGCCACAUGUGUCGACCGAGGACGAGGGGGAGCCAAAGGAGAGGAAGAUCCAUUUUGCUGUGCCGGCCUCUGUGCCCACCAACCUGGACCCUCGGCAAGUGGAGAUGAUCCGGCGCAGGAGGCCAACACCUGCCACACUGUUUAGAGUAGCCGACCAGUCAUCUCCUGAGGAUGAUCAGUCCACCCAUCAGUGGGUCGUAGGAGAAAACGGAGUGCUGAAACCAAAACGUGUCAAUCCAAACGUGUAUCAGCCUCCAUCACUCAGAGCUGUGCAGAAGAUGGCCGAAGCCCAUAUGCAGAACCUAGGUAUCUACCCCUCUUUAGAAGACCCUUGUGAAGGGGGUGAGGAAGAGGACCACUGGCAGGGAACAGAGGGAGAGGACACAUCUCCCACAAAAGAUCACCAAGAGACGGCGACUACUGAACAGUCAGGCAAGUUUUCCAGUGUGAGAGAGACGGCCAGGCAAAUCCAGGCAGCACAGGAGGAGGAGGAGGAGGAGGAGGAGGAGGAGGAGGGGGAGGAGGAGGAGGAAGAGGAGGAGGAGAAAGAGGAUGUGGAGGAGGAAGAGGGGGACAAAAUCAAGGGUACAACAGAGAAGAAAAGUCGGGGGAAUUACUGAGAGAGAGAGAGAGAGAGAGAGAGAGAGAGAGAGAGAGAGAGAGAGAGAGAGAGAGAGAGGUGUUUUGUAAAAUGGUUAGAAUCUGAAGAAGAGAUGAGGAAAUGGGGGUGCACCUUCAUGAAAUCUAACAUGAGAGUGAGCAAUGAUCUCUGUACUACUUCACUUAGCCUCUAAAGAACGAAAGGUAAAGGUGAAAUAAAGAGACAGAGAGGUAGUUUGUGUAUUAGGAGUCAGCCCAUAUGAGCAGGUGAGGAAUGAUCUACUAACAGAGCAGGUAACUUUGGCCCAAAUGUCCCUUUGUUUGUAAUGAGAGUGGAGGGGCCAACAAGGUCAACAUGACCAAAUACCCUGUAAGACCAUUCCUCCCUCUAACUUAAUGCUUCUGCACAGAGCUAAAUGUUCCUUUUAAGAGGAUACUAAUCACCAAAAUAUUUACACUCACAUGCAUAUAAACUCUCUUUUUUUAAACAAAGACUCUCUUAAACAACUCGUUCAAAAGUACAUGAAAGUCUUUAAAUGUGUGUGGUAUUUGUUCCACUUUAUUUUGAAACAUCAUAGUUCUGAUUUGCAGAAUAGUUCAUGUUUAGCCCUGAGGUUAAAUGUUCAUGAACUGCCAUCUUGUGGUAGUAGGUAGAAAUAACAGGUUUAAAGUGAUACUCCAGCUUGUAUCUAUUUUCAUGGAGUGAAAUCCAGUUUUAAUGCUAUAUAUACAGUAGUUAUCAGCGUUUGUGGCGGAGUCUGCCAUUCUAUUGAGAGUUUCAAAUUAGUUAGGGGAUUCACAGAAAAACAAUGCAGCAUGUAAUCCCAGAUUACUGUUUUGUAAUUGUAUCUCAUUUAUAUCAUAUUUUUGUAUUUGUGUUAAAUUACCACAUACUGAAGUCUUAUGGAUUAUAACUUUAACCUCUUGACAGCUUGAAAGGUGGCUUAAAAAAGAGAGAGAUGUGGUCAACUUUAAUUAAUGUUAGCUAUAACUGUAAUACAAGAUUUCAAGGCCUAAAGAAGUAUAAAAACACCCACUUCGCAGACUAUUUAUGUAUCAUAACCUGCUUAUAUUCUGUCCAGUGCCCACCAUCUGAGUCACGCAAUCUAGAGUUAGUAAAUCUAUAAUAAAAACAUAGAUAUUGAAAAUAUUUGUGGUGGAGUAUCACUUUUUGUAAGACUCAAUAAAAAGCACCAACAUGCUUUUUUUUAUUGUGUUAAAUCCAUGAGCAAGUGAGAGUGAAUGUGUGUGGUUAUUUCAUACCACACUUUUCAUAUUUGAGUAUACUAAAAAAUGAAUCAUUAAAGGGCAACGCUACCUCUAAUUUGUUUGAAAUAACCCUUGCCUGCAUGCAUCACACAUUUGGACUGGAUUCACUGCGAACUGACACCAUGUUAAGAAGUCAAAAAAUGUAAAUUUAAAUCUGUUGACACAUUUUGGGAUUUCUCAGUGCUCACAGAUUCCUUUUUGUAUGUUAACACUUUUCUAUUGUCAUCUUUUUGAUUGUAUGUCAUGGAUCUGUCGUAAGAGCUAUUUUUCUAAUCUAACAUCCAGUGUAUUACUGUGUUAGCUCAGCUCUGUCUUGUUUCUACUGUCUGUUUCCACCUCGCAAGCCUAAAACCAGGCACUGCAGUUACUGUACUACUGACAUUUGAGCAAAACGGUUACUCAGAAAACUUUCUGAAGUCUUUUUACCACUUAGUCUCUCCUUUCUUGGAGUCAACAACAAUUUCUAAACGUUUUUAGUCAGCAUCUAACUUAAUUUCCACUUUAACUAAAGAUACAUGAUUUAAUGUAUAGGAAGUUUUCAGUUGUGCCACAGGAUUAAUAAAACUUUGCAUCAUCUGGGCUGUAUAUACAAAUGUGUAAAACUUUGACCUCUGACCUGCUAAAAUAGUGGGAUGACUGGAGAAGGCUCUGCAGCCAACCCUGUCUGUCCACCUCCCCUCUCCAACAAGGACAAAAGAAACAACCAUAGAAAGACAUAUGAACUCUUAUGCUUAUUCUGUCUUUAUUUUUAUUUUAUU